AUUACAACCUAGUACUUUUCAUUUCUAAUUUGUUUUCUCUUGUAUUGUCUUGUCCCAAACAUCAAGCUGAAACCCCUCCUCCUCUAAUCAAAUCAUAAAAACUCUUCCUCCACCUUGUUCUUCAAUUCAACACAUAAAACAAUCAACCACAAUAAAUAAAUAAAACAUGGAUCCGACCGAGCUAAAACGCGUAUUCCAAAUGUUCGACAAGAACGGGGACGGUAGAAUAACAAAAAAAGAACUAACAGAUUCGUUGGAGAAUUUAGGAAUCUUCAUCCCGGACAAAGAGUUAACACAGAUGAUCGAGAAGAUCGACGUCAACGGAGACGGUUGUGUAGAUUUAGACGAGUUCGGAGAAUUGUAUCAAUCCAUCAUGGACGAACGCGACGAAGAGGAAGAUAUGAGGGAGGCUUUCAAUGUAUUUGAUCAAAACGGCGACGGUUUUAUAACGGUUGAGGAGCUAAGAGUGGUUUUGUCAUCUCUUGGUCUUAAACAAGGAAGAACCGUUGAGGAAUGUAAGAAGAUGAUUAUGAAGGUGGAUGUUGAUGGUGAUGGUAUGGUUAAUUACAGAGAGUUUAAGCAAAUGAUGAAAGGAGGAGGAUUCAGUGCUCUUGGAUAAUUCUAAAAUUUAUUACCUGUUUAGCCUAGCCUAGCUAUAUCUAUAUAUUUAUGUAUUUAUAUAAAUGUAAUGUAUUGUAAGCAAUGCAUGCAUGCAUGCAUGCAUUUCAUCACCAACAUUUUGGUUAUUCAAUUCAUUCAAUUUGCAUCUUCUGUGUAUAA